AUGGCUCAAUCUCCGCCAGCGGCUUCCGGCACCGCUUCCGAAUAUGCCGAAAGCGAAAUGCCAGCCUCAGUAAUGGGAGAAGGAGCUACUUUUCCACCAUAUCCUCCUUACAACACGGAACCCGCGCCACCAUCUGUCGCCAACACUAUUAUUGCCGGACGAGACAUACGUAUCCAACACAAGUCUAUACCAAGACAACCAGUUCGUCCGGCUCCCAAGCCCGCGAAGCCUAGGGGUCCAAAGGCAACUGACGUGAAGUUGAACAGACGUUCUACGAGAGCGCACGCCCGCUGCCUCCGGAGGCAUGGAGCGAUCCUUACUGAUCGACUAGAGAGGAUAUCAAAGCCUUGUCGACGCAACAUAAUUAACUUGUGGCGGGAACACGCAUAUACAUUACCUCCUGAAACGAUUUUUCGACUUCGUUCGAUGUUGGACGCCGACGAGCCUUUCAAGCCGGAUCAAGCUUACGAAUAUUUUGUUAAUUUGCGCAAAACAAAAAAGAAGACGACUGCAAAGUAA